UUCGCUCGCGCUCAGAGUCAGACUGGGUUUCAUCCGCGCGCUCGUGUCACUGAGACGGACAGCGUGAAAACGUUUGUCGCGCGUCAGUAAAACAAACCCGUGUCGCAAAGGAUACGAGAGUUUUAACGCCGUUUCCGUUUUAUUUCUUAUUUUUUUCCUCCUCGCGGAUUAAGAACGGAGCGCGCAGUGACUCUGAGGAAAGCGGGAUGCUCAGGUGUCGCCGCUCUUAAACAAACUUUCUGGCUAAGUGUUAAACACGCGCGAGACGGCGAAAGAGCGCGCGGAGGCACUUGGACUCAGACCUGACAGACACUUCCGGUGAAGCUGACAGGAAUCUUGGCGGGAAAAAAAAAAAAAGAGCGCGAGACACCAAGUUUCACUCAGAGCUAAAUGAAGUUUUAUCAUCCUGUCAGAGAUGGCUGGUUUCACCAAAUCUGGACCAUUUUGACUAAAAACCUUAAAGCCUUAAAAUGUUAUACAUUUUUAAAGUUCUAAUUUGACAGGGUUUGUAGUAAAUUCAUAUUUUAUGCUGUUACAGAACUGGAAAGAAGUCCAAGUCUGCUCGGGUAUAGGUGAAGAAGAUAAACAGAUAUCAUGUAGACAACGAUGACAGCACCGGUAUAAUAAUUCCUCUUACGGGUAAGAAUGAAGAGUAUAUUUGACUGUUUGGUUUUGAAAAUGUGUUAGAUGAGAGUACCGGAUUAGACCUGCUCUUGGAGCGGACGAAUGGAAAACGCCACCCUUUCGGGAUUGAUAUCAGGAUGACACUCGGCACGUGAAAAAAACCUCAAGUGACCCGAGGACACACGCGAGAUCUUACGUUAAAUCCAUUUUGACAAAGAGAUCCAGAUGUUCCAGAGUGAACGUGAAUGGAGUCCUGGAUAUCAGCGCUGUUAAAGUUACCACGCUUUCCUUCAGGGAAUAAUAUUUUAUGUCUGAAAUAUCAGUCUGACUGACUUCAUGAAGAAAAUGCUCCAUCUUGCUCUGAAUGACGCAUGGAUCUUCUCGAUCGAAGCUGAAGGUUGGUUAACGUCACAUGCGCUCGAACAGGGUAAUCUGUGUGUGUAUGUGUCCGCUCACAGCGGCCCAUACGCUGGCGCUAUGCUCUAGCGCCAAUAUGAGAGUCUUUGUGGCGCGUUGAGCUUCUCCGUGCCAGUCCACAUGCAGGCCAAGAAGCGCUACGUGCUAGCGUUGGCGGCAGCUUGCGCCAUGCUGCUCGCCUACAUCUGCACUCUACACACCACUGAGCUCCAGACGCACAGUGACGAGCCGCAUUUUCACGCCCUUCUUCAGCAUGCCGAGCAGCCAUAUCUGUAUCUGGAGGAAGUGGAACCAGAAGAGUACGGACCACUGGUGCUGCUGCGGCGCGAGAUUCAAAACAACAUGUACAAGAGCCGCCGCUGUCGCAUGGACACAUGCUUUGACUUCGGUCGGUGUCAGGGUGCCUUCCGCGUCUAUGUGUACCCACCAGGCACAAGCACGGUCACAGGAAUUUCCGAGAAUUACCGGAAAGUUCUGGCAGCCAUCGAGGACUCGCGGUUCUACACGAGUGAUCCAAGUGAGGCAUGCCUUUUCGUGCUCAGUGUGGACACGCUGGACCGGGACAGGCUCUCACCACAAUAUGUGCAGGAUGUUAGAACUCAGAUCCAGAACCUUCCACUGUGGAAUGAUGGCAGGAACCACCUGAUCUUUAACCUGUACUCUGGGACGUGGCCCGACUAUGCGGAGGAUUUGGGUUUUGAUGUAGGUCAGGCCAUGUUGGCCAAGGCCAGCGUUGACAUGCAGAACUUCAGGCCCCAUUUUGAUGUGUCCAUACCUCUUUUUUCCAAAGACCACCCCCAGAAAGGUGGGGAGAAAGGUUAUUUGACAUCCAACAAUGUCCCUCCUGCACGGAAAUACCUUUUGGUGUUCAAGGGGAAGAGAUACCUUACAGGAAUUGGUUCAGAAACCAGGAACGCUUUGUAUCACAUACAUAACGGGGAAGAUAUGAUUUUGUUGACCACCUGCAAGCACGGAAAAGACUGGGAGAAGCACAAAGAUGCCAGGUGUGACCAGGACAAUGAAGAAUACUCAAAAUUUGAUUACCAGGAGCUGCUACACAACUCAACUUUCUGCCUGGUGCCUCGUGGCCGGCGACUCGGGUCUUUCCGCUUUCUUGAAGCCCUGCAGGCGGCGUGUAUCCCUGUAUUACUGAGUAACGGAUGGGAGCUGCCUUUCUCUGAGGUCAUCGACUGGAGUAAAGCCGCUAUCAUUGGAGAUGAGAGAUUACUACUGCAGAUUCCGUCCAUCACCAGGUCUGUCGAUGCGGAGCGAAUCUUGGCUCUGAGACAGCAGACGCAGUUCCUGUGGGACUCCUACUUCUCCUCCGUGGAUAAAAUUGUCUUAACCACAUUAGAGAUCAUCCAGGACAGGAUAUACACCUACACCUCGAGAAGCAUGCUAAUGUGGAACUCUCUCCCUGGUGGACUCUACACACUUCCUCAGUUCUCCUCAUAUCCCACCCUUUUCCCCUUUUACUAUGGACUCCUGGGUAAGACUCCACAGCAGGAGUUCACAGCUGUUAUUCAGGCAGUAGCUCCUCUUCAGUCUCCUCAGCAGCCCAUCCUCAAACUCAUCAUCGCUGUUGCCAAGUCCAAAUUCUGUGCUCAGAUCAUCGUGUUGUGGAACUGUGACAAACCUUCACCUCCCAGAAGCAAAUGGCCGUCCAUCAGCGUCCCUCUGACCGUCAUUGAGGAAGAGAGAAAGACGAUGAGCGGACGUUUUUUCCCUCAUGAUGUCAUCAGGACUGAUGCCGUGCUCAGCCUGGAUGAGGACUCGGUUCUGUCCACGAAUGAGGUGGAUUUUGCCUUCACUGUGUGGCACAGUUUUCCUGAACGGAUAGUCGGAUAUCCGGCACGCAGCCAUUACUGGGACGCCACCAAGGGGAGGUGGGGCUACACGUCCAAGUGGACCAAUGAGUACUCGAUGGUGCUGACGGGCGCCGCCUUCUACCACAGGUACUAUCACUUCCUGUACACUCACUACCUGCCCAGUCGACUCCUCUCCAUGGUGGACCAGCUCGCCAACUGUGAGGAUAUUCUCAUGAACUUCCUCGUCUCCACGGUAACCAAGCUGCCGCCAAUCAAAGUCACACAGAAGAAACAGUACAAGGAGACGAUGAUGCAACAGGGUUCGAAGUCAUCACGUUGGGCCGACCCGGACCACUUCGCUCAGCGCCAGUCCUGCAUGAACUCCUUCGCCGCGUGGUUCGGCUUCAUGCCGCUCAUUCACUCUCAGCUCCGUCUGGAUCCGGUUCUGUUUAAAGACCAGGUCUCCAUCUUACGCAAGAAAUACAGAGACAUCGAGAGACUGUAGAGACGCAUGACACGGCCUCGGAGCCCUCGUAUCAACCCAAAUGUCUUGAAUCUAUGGACACUUUUUUUAUGAGUGAUGUGCUGAUUGGCCUGGACCUGGCCUCACAAAUAUAAUGUCUGCAAAGUAAUUUCAUUUAAAAUAUAUGCAACUCCGGGUUUUAUCUUGUUUAGCGGCUCUGGUUGGGUAUCUGCGAAUCCAGCACUGCUGACUUUUCAUCCUCAUCUUCAUCAUCAUUUGCAGAGACCGCUGUUACUCCUAGGACAUACUCGGAGGAAGGAAAGACGGCCUGAAGUCGAGGCCAUGGGGAGGACGCCCAAACUCACACCAAUGCCUGCAAUAUGUACAUUCAGUUCCCUUAUUUUUUGUACGAUUUUGCCUUUUUUUAAAAGAAGCCUAAACUCGAAUAAAA